CAUUUGAGAUUUCUGGUAAUAGUAAUAUGUCACGUCUCAAAAGAGCAAAAACAUGGGAAAUAUCUGAGUCAGAAGACGAAAGUGAUUUCAACAUUAGAUCCCUCAUCACAUGUGACGCUACCCGUAAAGAUGAUAUAGCAUCCAGUUUACAAUUUGCCAGUGAGAAGGACACUGACCAGAAAGAUGUCCGCUUGGAGACUUCCCAGGCAUCUGUAGAUGCUGAUAAAGAAGACCCCAGAUGCGGAGAGUCCUUAUCGGCUCCCCCGGCCGCUGCCACCGGAACCUCGAGUCCGGAGAAAAGACGGCGCCGAGCCAAGAAGCAGAUCGAGGGGGAAAGACUCAUUUCUGAACAGAAAAAAGAAGCCAGAGAGAAACUCAGGGAGGAAAGAGUCAAACAGAAAGAAACGAAAAAGUUGGAACAGAAGCGACGAAAAGAAGCUGCCGAUCGCUUUAAAAGUUACCGACCGGAGAACUGCCUCAAACGCAUGACUGUAUGCGUAGACCCAGUAUUAUUGCAAGAUGAGGGGUCAGACACUCUUCUUGGGACUCUGAGAGCAAUGGAGUGGAGGAGCAGCAUUGAGGAACAACAGCUUGCACAUAGCAUCACUUGGAAUAGGGAAUUGCCAGAGGGUGAAGAUGGUCUGAGCAUAAUUCAGGAGGAGCAGAUUCUGAUGGUGUUGCAGCUGAAUGAAUUCAUGGACAUGUUGAGCUCUAUCAAGGAGAUUCAGCAAGAGAACAUCAAGCAAGUAGAGUGCAAGUCCUUAUUCAACAAACUCUCUCAGUAUCUCAACACAUAUGCAGGGAAAAUUGUUACCCUGGCAGUGAUUGGCUUAAGCAGCUGGGCUCUCUGGGAAGAGAAGAGGAGUGGGGGGCUGAGAGACUUGGACUUAGAGGAGGCAUUGGUGUUCCUGCAGCUCUCUAGGAACACCUCUGUCAUCUUCUUGGAGAGCUGGCAGGACCUCGCCGACCACGCGUGUGCCGUCACCAAGGCCCUGUCCAAACGUCCCAUGAAACUGCUGACAGAGACCCCCGACCUGCCAUUCUGUGUGGAUGGCUCGUGGGCCAGCGGGGUUCGGGUCCAGAAGGACGGGACAGGACUUUUGCCGGUAUGGAGCAGGCAAAUUCAGCAGCUGAAUCGUGUCAGUCCCGCUGUUGCUGCAGCCAUUUCCUCUGCAUUUCCAUCGCCGCAGCUGCUGCUACAGGCAUACAAGGACUCCGCCUCCGAGGGGGACCAGAAGAACAUCCUGGCAGACCUCUCAGUCACUAGUGGGGAGAGGCAGCGUCGGGUGGGUCCUGACAUCUCCAGCAGGGUGUGCCGCUUCCUCACGGCCCACAAUCCCCAGCUCGUGCUGGACUGAGGGGGUCACCUGAAGGGUAUUCCCAGCCUGGUCUCAACGUCUACCUCUGUAAUUUAACCAGACUGGCUGUAUUCCAGAAAUGACCGACAAGUCACUUUUUGGGCUCGAUUAGAACCACUCGUACCAGGCCUAUUACCACAGGAAGGAGCACCAUGCUUGUUUUUGUGAAGAAAUGUCAAUAACUGUCCGACGGGCUUCUUCUAGACAAGAAUAAUGUACAAUAAAGAUGCACUGAGAUGA